AUGUUAUUAGGCGUCUCGUCUAGUUCAGUUGGAGAGGGACAAGGAGUAGUUAUCAGAGGGGAAGAAAUGAUAAGCUUAUUACCUGACCCAGUGGCGGAUCCACUUGAGUCAAUAGGCUUUCUCACCACUGAGCAAGCGGUUCAGACAAGUGUUUUAUCCUCUAGUUGGAGACAUAUCUGGAGAUGGUUCCCUAGAUUAGAACUAGACAGCUCUGAUUUCACAGACGACCAAGUCUGUGUGGCUUUCAUCGAUAAGUUUCUUGCUUUCCAAGGCAAGUACUUCUUGCGUGAGUUCAAGUUGACCAUUGACCACGACAUCUUUGGUGGUGAUUCUUCUCUUUACGAGCCUUGUCUAGGCAGAGUGGAUAUGAGGAAGCUUGAAGGUUUCCAAGUCGAGAAUAGGUUUGGACCUCAUAGCAUUGAUGACUUCAGGACACGGUUAACACUUUCCGUCUGUGAAGCAUUGGUCUGCUUAAAGCUCCAUUUUGUUAGGCUGAAUGAUGAUUUGAACUCUCUUUCCUUGCCUUGUCUCAAGAUCAUGUUCUUGGAAGACGUUGUUAUGCCUAGUGAUGCGGCUGCAGAGGCGCUGCUCUCCUGCUCUCCGGUUCUUGAAGUUUUGAAGAUAUGCCUUAGUAAAGAUGAUUUUGUGGUAGUUUUACGUGUCUACUCACCGUCGCUUAAGAGCUUCACUUUAAAACAUGUUAAUGCUGCUGAUGCUGUUGUACAUUCAGUUGUGAUUGAUGCACCAAAACUUGAGUAUCUGAGUCUCAUGGAUUACUACCAUUUCAGAAGCUGUGAUCAAACACAAAAGAGAAAUGCAAAAGACGAUUGUUCACCCGGACUUCGUUGCCUAAUGUCCGGGGAGGGAUCGAUCUCGCGAGUGAAGAAGAUGAAGAUCGUUGUGGCCGUUAUGUCCGUUAUAACGGCCUCUCCUAACGUCGCAGUCAAGACGACGUCGCAGUAG